AAAGAAGAGAAAUCCGUGGAUUCAGCUCGUGGAUUGUUGUGGACAGAGCGGCUGCCUGUCAUCGAUGGUGAAGAUGGGGUACUGCAAGUGAGCAAAUCCGACUUCAUUUCACUGCAACCGUAUCAUUUUAUCGCCGAUCACGACUGUAAACUUAUCCAGUGUGGCAAAGGACUGUACUCCGCAUUAAAUGUGGAGAAAAAAUUGAAGCUGAAAGGUCAGAUGAUAAUCCUGGGUGGUGGCAAUCGUCUGCUGUACAUUGGCUCACCUUAUAUAAGCACUAUUCCGGAACUGCUGGACUGUGGGAUGCGCCUAGAAGCAAUGCCUUUGCAUGAUGUUACCCGUGACGUAAUACUGACCAACCAACAGCGCCUUUCGGAUGUCGAAAUGAAGUUUGUCCUUGAUUACUCCAAAAUUGCAGUAUUUCUUACGGCGUGUCCUAAUCUGCAGGUUAAUCGAUAA